UCUUGUACACUCACUGCUACUCUGUCUCUGCAUGCUGUAGGCAAUGCCGCCUCUCUUGGUAUGACAAAACAAGGCAGUAUUUCUCAUUGCGCUUCUCAUAGCUGGUAAAAUGUUCCCCAGGGUGAUUUUGAAGGGAACUCUGAUCAAAAAAUCUCAACAGAAGAAGCGAGUGUCACCCUGUAACUAUAAAGAGCGAUUUUUUGUGUUGGAUACCCAAGACCUGAAGUAUUCUGAACGUCGUCCCGGGAAAAAGCCUUUGCUGAAAGGUUGCAUCGAGCUGUCCAGAAUUAAGUGCGUGGAGAUUGUGUGUACUGAUGUGCCCAUACCAUGCAGCUUUAAGUACCCUUUUCAGGUUUUUCAUGACAGUUAUUACCUCUACAUAUUUGCACCAGACAAUGACUGCCGUCAGAAAUGGGUCAGAGCUCUUAAAGAGGAGACAAAGAAUAACAACUUAGUUCCAAAAUACCACCCAAACUUCUGGAUGGAUGGAAAAUGGAGAUGCUGCCAGCAAACAGAGAAACUGGCGACUGGGUGCAACGUGUACGACCCAGUGGGCUAUGCCUCUAAAAAGCCGCUUCCCAGCCUCCCGGAGCCAGAGAUGGAGCUGGAAGAUGCGGGGCAACAGAAGGUCAUCGCUUUGCAAAACUACACGCCACAGGGAGACAAUGACUUACCUCUUCAGAAAGAUCAGGAGUAUCUCCUGGUUAAGAAUUCCCAUUCCACCUGGUGGCUUGUACAGGAUGAGAGAGGGAACUCGGGUUUUGUGCCCAGUACAUACGUAGCUGAAAAAUCCAUCAACAACUUUGAAAGAUUUGAAUGGUACAACAAAAACAUUAGCAGAGCGCAAGCAGAAGAAUUGCUAAUGAAAGAGGGUAAGGAAGGUGCAUUCAUUGUGCGGGACUCAAGACAGGCGGGAGUGUACACAGUGUCUGUUUUUUCCAAAGCACCAGGGUCUAAUGGGGAGAAGAAUCCGAGAGUGAAGCAUUACCAAAUUAGACAAACCGAAACGAGCCCAGCUUCUUUUUACCUGGCAGAGAAAUACCUGUUUAGCACCAUUCCUGAGCUCAUAUAUUACCACCAGCACAAUGCUGCAGGGCUAAUAACACGGCUGAGACACCCCGUCUCUCAAGGUCAAUGCUGCUCCCAGGAUUCUACUGAUAUCGCAAAAGAUCAGUGGGAAGUGGACCCUAAGGAGCUGAUACUGGGUCAGGAGAUAGGCAGCGGCCAGUUUGGACUGGUGCUGGAAGGCAGCUGGAGGGAUCUCAAGGUAGCGGUGAAGAUGGUAAGAGAAGAGUGCAUGUCAGACGACGAAUUUAAAGAAGAGGCACGGAUUAUGAUGAGACUCUCUCACUCGAAGCUGGUACAGCUGUAUGGCGUGUGCACACAACAUUCUCCUAUCUGCCUCGUGUUUGAGUACAUGGAAAACGGCUGCCUGACGGACUACCUGCGAGAAAGGAAAGGCUCGUUGCCUCAGGAUAUAUUGUUGGGGAUGUGUCUGGAUGUCAGCGAAGGGAUGGCUUAUCUAGAGAUGUCCAACUUCAUCCACAGAGAUCUGGCUGCCAGGAACUGUCUCGUCUCAAAGAACAACGAGGUGAAGGUAUCGGACUUUGGAAUGACCAGAUUUGUUCUUGAUGAUCAGUACACGAGCUCACAGUGCUCCAAGUUCCCUGUCAAGUGGUCAGCCCCAGAGGUCAUCAGAUACUGCAAAUUCAGCACCAAGUCUGACGUCUGGUCAUUCGGUGUGCUCAUGUGGGAGGUGUACAACGAAGGCCGACUCCCCUAUGAGAACCGCACUAAUGCAGAAGUGGUGGACUCCCUGAACGCAGGCCUGAGGCUCCUGAAGCCACGCUUGGCCCCGGACUCUGUCCACCUACUCAUGGAGUGGUGUUGGAAGGAGAAACCAGACGAUCGCCCAACAUUUGGGCUCCUCUUUCACGAGCUGGCCUCCCUUUCAGACGCCUGAACCAACAUGUGAUUUGUGAUUUUUUUUAUAUAUAAUAUUUAUUUUAUUUAUUUACUGUAACCAGUUGCUUGUCAUUUGUAAAGUUAGAUUAUUCCAAAGCAAUUUUAUAUCCUGGAUUUUGCACUUUAUCUCUUUCGUAGCUUUGUAAGUAUCCCCUGAGAGGGCUCACACAGUCCAUUCACACAGCUACUGGUGCUUCCUGCAGAAUCAUGUAAAGGUCUGAGUAAUUCUAUAAGCCAUAUAAAAGUGAGAUGUUUGCUUUUCAGUCAGCUGACUGUCAUUAAACUGAAUGUUUUACA